UUGGUUCGUCUGCUUCCGGUACAGCGGGUCCCAUACAUACACGUGAAGGUCAGCAAUUCUAGCAUAAACUGCUCCUUUUUCCAUACAUUUAUUGGGGUCAGGUUGAAUUUGACUAAAGUAUGGACGGAAAGACAGCGAGCGCGGACCCUCAGCUCCAGCAGUUCAUUGAGAUCGAGUCUCAGAAGCAACGAUUUCAACAGCUGGUGCACCAAAUGACAGAAGUCUGCUGGGAGAACUGCAUGGACAAACCAGGCCCAAAGCUGGACUCCAGGACAGAAACAUGCUUUGUCAACUGCGUGGAGAGAUUCAUAGACACCAGCCAGUUCAUCCUAAACAGACUGGAACAGACCCAGAGGAGUCGAGGGUCUUUCUCGGACAGCAUGGCGGACUAAAAUGAAUGACUCUGGUGCAAAGCGAAUCUGUUUGCAAAAGAAACAACAGUGAUUUGUUACAAGUGCCUCACAUUAACAGCAUGUGCACCUUGAUUUGUUCUCCUGCUGUUCUGAUGCUGCCGGUUUGGAAAGUCAUCUCGACACAGAAGCUAGGUCACUGACCUCAUGGCUGCCUAUUGACGUUCCAAGCAGUUGGGAGGCAUCAACUGGAACAUUCAGUUUGCCACACAGGCUAAUUUAACAUCACAGCAAUGACUGAGGAUGCAUGUUUAACUGCUAUACGUUGGAUUGUACAUAUGCAUUAAACACAAGUUGUA